AUCAAUACAAACCACUGCGGUAUAGCACCGCAGUGUGUCGUAUCUCACCUGUUUGAGAGCGUUUGCUUUUUAUCGUUAUCGCAAAAAAUACGAUAUCGUAUCGCACCGGUAUUAUCGCAUCUGCUUGAGGCCACCUUUAGUAUUUCGUGUUUCCAUAUUGUUUAUUUCAGCGUGAGACGGUUACAUUAAGGAGGGCGUGGGAAAAUAUGAAGGCAGUCGCACGAAAGGCUCGGGCAGUAGAAAGGGGUAAUUUAUUUCGAACGGGCGGUGGGCCACCGGUGCCAUCAACAUCACGGCAAGUAGAAGCAAUAGUGGACAUGGUGGAAGAGGCUGCUCCCGCAAUGAUUUGCGAAAUCUCCAACAACUUUGACAGCGAUGGGGCAAUUUUGCUAAACAUGGAAAAUAGCCAAUCUAGCUCCAUUGAGUUUUUAGAUAUGAUCACGGAAGCAAAUGAGGAAUCCGACGUAAACUUCAAAGCCAUAAGCAUAAAUUAUGAAGGUGAACCAAAUGUUGCAGUACACAGUAAUGAAACUGGCCACCAACAAAAAGUGGAAAAGGAGCAAGUACGCAGACCAAGCGACUACGUUCGGCGGGAGGCAGCAUUACGG